AUGGCAGUUCCCGCCUGUCGGAUCCCCGCCAAUCCCACAGUCCCCGCCCAAGCAGUCCCCGCAGUCUCCGCCCAAGCAGGCUCCGCCCAAGCAGUCUCCGCCCAAGCAGUCUCCGCCCAAGCAGUCCCCGCCCCAGCAGUCCCCGCCCCAGCAGUCUCCGCCCAUUCAGUCCCCUCCCAAACAGUCCCCGCCCAAGGAAUCCCCGCCCGAAUCCCCGCCCAACUCUCCGCCCUUUUAUCAAUCCCCUCCCAACUCCCCACCCGAUUGGUCGUCCCCUCCUUACUCGCCUCCGUUUUCUCCUUCACCCUCUUUGUCCCCGCCCCGAGCUUCCUCCCCCAAGAAGCCCCCUCUCCGCCACUCUCUCCUGGCUCCCUCUUCCCCAAUUCGUCUGUCGCGCCGCCUGUGUACUUUCCCCCUUCUCCGAAGCCCCCCCCGCCCCCCCCAGCACAGCCCCCGUCCCCCCCACCUUUUGGCCCAUCUCCACCGCCCCCUCCUGCGCCUCCCCCACCGCCGCCUAUUAUCAUUCUGCCCUCUGAUGAUGGAUCAACAACGGGGACGAGCAGCGGGGGAAUGAGCACUGCUGCUCUGGCAGGAACGAUCAUUGGAGUGGUGCUUGGUGUGCCGUUGCUGGCUGGAGGCGUCUGGAUGGGAGAUAGCCCCGCCCACGUGUAUUGGAAGCAGUGGCGCUUCAUUCCCCGCGCUGCUCCCCGCGUCUCCCCUUUGCGCCCCUCCGCAUCCGCCGCCGCGAAGCAAACCCCACGCGGCACCCCUCGUGCCGCCUCCGCCGCUGCUCGCGCGGAAGAAGCGGAGGGGGUCGGGCGGAAAUGGCGAAGCGGAGGCGGAGAGGGAGCGGGGGAGGGGGUGGAGGGCACGCUGGCGGCGGUGCGGGCGGCAGUGAGGUGGCAGCAGUGGUGGAGGGCGAAGGGGAUGAUGGCUGUGUGCUGCUGGGGCAAGACGAGAGGCGCAGGUGGCGCGCAGUGGGAGCCGCGCGUGUGGGUCUUCUGCUCCAACCCCACCUUCUCUUCAGGCCCGCGCCCCCCCUCGCGCCACCAGCACCACCAGCACCAGCAGCAGCAGCAGCAGCACCAUCACCGAACACGUGGGCGGGCAGGGCGCCGGGUGGGAGGAAAGGCCGGGGCAGCAGUAGCAGUGCGGAAGGCAGGAAGGGGAGGCGGCGGGAGGGUGUUUGAGAAGAGGUGGAGUGAGGCAGCGGCAAGCGAGGGCGGAUGGGGUGGUGACAGCCUUGCUAUGAAACCCACUUCAACUUACACUCUUCCCAAACACCCCCCAACACUCCCCCUCUGCUCCCCCUCCUCCCCCCUUCCGCCCCCCUCCCUCUCCACCCCAGUGGCAGCAUGGGGUUACUGGGCGGCGGAUGGCGGGUAUGUGUCGUUCCGCUUGCUCAAGCUGCCCACUCGCCUCAGGCGCGCGCACAGGGUGGCCGCAUUCAGGCGCAAGGGCAAGGCACGCGGGGGGACUGCUGGCAGGCGCAGGAAGGCGGGCGCUGGGGCGGGGGUGAAGGGCGGAGGGCGCGGCAGUGGGUCACGGAAGAGAGGGCGGGGUGGCGGAGGAUGGGGGAGUGGCGGGGAGAGGAUGGCUAAACGCGCGCGCGCGCAGGGGGGAGGGGGUUCGGAGGGACUUAUAGGGACUCCCAGAGGGAAGGCAGGGCGGGAGAAAAAGGGGGUGGCUAGCAGGCGAGGUGGGACAAGAGGUGUGCGUGGGAAGGGCAGAGGGGGAGGCAGACAGGCGAGAAAGCCGGGGGAGCGAAGGCGAGCAGCAGGGGGGAAGCGGACUGGGAGGAGGAGGGUGGGUGUGGGCGGAGUGAAGCGGUCACGGAGGAGGAAGAGAGUGGUGGUGAUGGGUGGGGUAGGGCAUGAGGAGGUGCUGUACUGGCUGUGCGAGGCGCUGAGGCAGAGAGUGGCGCGGGCGUUCGAGGCAGCAGGCUAUGUGGAGUUCGAUGGGGUCUUUGUCAAGCCCAUCACCACACGCAGCCAAGCCAGCCAUGCAGCGGCCAUUGCAUGUGAAGUGCAUGUGCGCCCCUCCGCCUUCGGUCUCCUGCUCCACACACACGUCUCCACCAGGUCGUUGCGUGCAUUGACUCCUGCUGACUUCUCACAGCAACGACCCCAUGGCUCCGCGUUACCAGGUGAGGCAAUGGCGCUGCCAGCCCACCAUCCACCUACGCUCCGAUCCCCUUCCAUACCCAAUCCCCGCGCUUCCCCUCGCUUCUGCCCCCCUCCCUCCAUGCCAGUGCUGCUGGCGCCAGCAGCAUGGCCUGCCCUGGUCCAUCGCCCCACUCCCCCUCGCCUCAUCCGCUUCCUGCGCCGCUGGCGCGUGGAGCAGCAUUUGAGGCGCACGCAGGGAAGAGAGGCGCGAAGAGGGGUGAGGGCAGGGGCAGUGCGGACGAAGCAGGGGAGAACAGGGGGACGGGGGGUAAGGAGGGGGACAGGGAAGGCGAAGCAGAGGAGGAGUGCUGUGGCCGUGAGCGGGCAGAGGAGGAAAGGGAGGAAGGGGAAAGUGGGAGUGCGCGUGGGGAAGGGAAAGAGGGGUGGGAAGAGAGCAGCUAUUGGUGAAGGCCGGAAGGUUACGGGUGGUGAGAAAAAAAAAAAGAAGGGAAAGGUGGUAGGAGAGAAAAAGCCAGUUAAGACAGGAGGAAAGAAAAAGAAGGGAAAGGUGUUUGGGAAGAAAAAGCCAGUUAAGACAGGAGGAAAGAAAACAAAGGGAAAGGUGUUAGGGAAGGGUGGCGCCGGAGUAGCGAGGAAGAAGGCAGGUGAAGCAGGGGCGAGGAAGAUAAAAGGAAAACCAGGACGGGCGAAGAAUCGACCGUUGGCUAAAGUAGGUGUGAGGAAGACUAAGGAGAAGGCGGGCCAGGCAAGAAAUAAAGUGGUGGUUGCGAGGAAGGGGAGGAAGAAGAAGACGGUGACUUUUGCUGAUGUGCGCGGUCGGAAGGUGGUGACACGGAAGAAGGGCAAAAGACGAGUGAAGCUGGUGCACAUGAUUGGCAAGUGGCAGAAGCUGCUCUUCCGCCAUCCACCCACCGCCCGUCUCCCUCCAGCCAUCUCUGCCGCCCUGCAGCCGCCCCUGCCGCCCGCUGCCGGGCCGCCCACGUACGUGGAGGUGGAGAUGUUGGUGCCGGUGGUGGGCAGGCAGGGCGGCAUGAAGCGGCGGGGGAGGGGUGGGGGGAGUGUGGGCCGGGCGAGGGGUUUAGAGGAGAGAGGAACAGGCAGGGGAACUGAUGGUGGGAAAAAUAUGGUAGGUGGUGAGGGGGAUGAAGGUGGGAUGGGCGAGGGGGGGCGGAAAAAGGGUGAAGGGGAAGGGGAGGAAACCUUGAGGGGUGGUGGGGCAGCAGGGAGUUGUGGCAGCGGGCAGGCAGGGCAAGCAAGAGGUGGUGAGAGGGAACAUCCGGGCGAUGUGUCUGCAGCAGGGCGCGAGAAGAAGGGCAAGGGACGAGGAGGCGAGGCGGGCGCAGAGGGAGGGAGUGGCGCAGUGCAUGUGCACGGGGGGCAGGAGGGAGUGUUGCGAGUGCGGUUGCUGGUGGACUCGCGACUCGCCAUGCUGCCGCUCUUCCACCCGCCUCCUCUGCACCUCCUCUCCUCUCGCAUCCGGCAACUGCUCCCUGCCCACCAGCCAUCGCUGCUGCCCUCGCCACCCAACCCACAUCCCCCAUCUCGCCAACCACGCCCCUUCACGCUCCCCACCCACAAUCCCGCCAGUGCUGCGCCUCUUACCGCUGCGCCCUCUCUCCACCCGGCCCCUCCCUCCCACCCUCCUGCCUCUUCCAUUCCCCCCGCCUCUUUUUCGCCAUCGCCACCGCUCUCCUCUCUCCCCCUUGCGCUGCCUCAUCGCCUCGAGCUUGCUGCACCUCUCUCCUUCCUCCGAAUGCUGCCCAGGCCGCCCCAACCCAAGCCAUCCACCCAUCCCCCCGUUCCGCCACCACCCACCCCUCACCGCUCCCCUUCCCCUCCUCCCUCGCCCCACCCCACCACUCCUGCCUCCCCUCCCCCUGCGCCCGCGCCUCCUCCUGUCCCCUCCGCUGCUGUUGAAGCUGCUACUGCCGCCAAGGAAGGGCAGGAGGGGGGUGAGCAAGGCAGGGAGGCGGAAGGGGGGCGGAGUGGCAAGUCAAUGGGCACGUGGCAGGUGGUGGCGGUGGGGCGGGGGGAGGCGGAGGGUGGUGGUGAUGGCAGGGAUGGGGAGAGUGGGUCUCAGGCACUGGCGAGCAGAGACGAGGAUGGGCAGCAGCGCAGCAAGAGGGCGCGCACGACUCCCCCCACCAUAGGCCUCGAUGCCAUGCGUGAGCCAGACCUCUUCUGGUCCCACCCGCUCAACGCCUGGUUCCUAGGCCCGGGAGAGGCUGGGGCCGAGCCUGGUUCCGAGGCUGAGGGCGGGGGCGGGGGCGAGGGGGCGUUGGAGGUGGUUCUGGGCGUGCAGCAGCUGGUGGCGGUGCUGGAUGAGGUGGAUGGGCAGGUGGUGGCGGGCAUGCGCGCCGAGGGGGGCAUGGGGGCUCUGCUGGCCGAGGAGGAUGGCGAUGAGCAGUGGCUGGGCGAGGUGAGUGCUGCUGGGAGGCAGGGAGCGGUGCGAGGUGGAGGUGUGAGGGGGAAGGGGAGAGUGCGGGCUCUACCCGGGGAACCUCCUCCCACCGCUCUCCACACUGCACACCUCACCACGCACGGCGCACCGCACACACGCGGCCAUGACAGCACAGCAUCCGCAUCCCGGGCAUCUCUGGCCCUGCGUGCAGGGCGCAGGGCGAGGGCCAUUCGCCUGGAGCAGCGCGUGCAGAAUGAAGCAGAGGUGCUGCUGCCGCCUACAUACACUGCUGCUGCCAGCGCUGGGAAGGCACACGCACGCACUGCAGGAGCAGCCGCAUCGGUACAGGGGGGUAGUGAACAAGCGAUGGCAGGGGCAGGGGCUGUGGCAGGUGCAGGGCAUUUGAACAGUCGCGCAGAUGGAAGUGUGGGCGUGGAGGUGUUGAGGGAGGGGAAGGGAGCGAAGGAAGGGAAAGCGGAGGGUGAAGCAGCGGGGGCUAGAGGCGCAGCAAGAGACGGAGCCCCUUCGAGGUUGUACCGUAGCAGCGUUCCUGCCUUUGCCCGGCGGGUGCUGCUGUGCCCGCCAGACCCACUUGCUGCUCCUGCCCCUGUGCCCGACCACUCCCACCUUCCGUCUGGCUCAACUGCUGCCGUGCACCCUGUGGGUUCAUCCCAGCAUGGCAGCUCCAUGCCUGCUGCUACCAGCAGCACCAGCACCACUAGCAGCCGGCAGCGGUACGUGUAUUCAGAGCUGCCACCGCCGCCUCUUACCGCAUCUCUCCCCGCAUUGCCACCGCACUCAGCUUCUGCCACCGCCCCCUCCUGCCCCGCCACUCCCCCUCUCUCUGAUCAACCCCUGUACCGGGCGUCAUUGUUCUCGCCCCUGCCUGGGGCACCCCUGCACGCCUCUGCUGCUGCCGCUCCUCCCCCUGGCGGCACGAUAAGCAGGCCUGGGGGGGGCAUGCCCCCUGCUGCUGCUGCUGCAAUGCGUGAUGUGGGGGGUAGUGGCAGUGGCAGUGGUUUUUCUGGCGCUGGUGCUGGCGCCGCUGCUGCUGCUGGGGCAGGUGGGGUUGGUGCGGCGGGGGGGCAAGUGCUGGGGGCGAGUGAUGGUGCGAGGGAGAACAAAGGUCUGCCGCCCUGCACGCCUUAUGAGCUGGUGCCUGCUGUGGUGUUGACUAGGCCGGGAGCUGGGGUUGACACAGAUGUUGAUGGUAUGAAAGUGGAAGGGGUGGUGGUGAGUGAGGAGCGGAUGGGCGUCACAGGGGAAAGGCUUGCUGUGAAAGGGGAGGAAGGGAAGGGAAGGGAUGCGAGGGAGGGUUUGAAAGGAAGAUUGAAGAAGGGCGAGCAGAGGCCAGGUGAGGCGGAGAGGAAGCGUAAAUUCGUGAGGUUUGUGGGAGUUGACGGGGACGAGGAGGCGGCUGCUGAUCCAGAUGGCGGGACGGCGAAGCGGCAAAUGAGGCGCACCAAAGGAGGCAGACCGAGCAUGGUGAAGACAGAAGUGGGUGGCCCGGUGGUAGGGACGCAGAAGGUGAAGAAAGGGAGGCUGUCAGGGAAGACGACGGGAAAGAAGGGUGGGAAGGUGGGCAAGACAGGGAAGGCGGCACGUGCGCUGCGAGAGGGGAAGGUGGCUGGUGCUGGGGAUGGAGUGAAGGGAGGACGAGGUGUUGCGAGGUCAGUCAAGGUGGGUAACGCGGAUGAUAGGAAGGUGACUGGAGUCAAGGUUGGGGAGAGGAGGAAGGUGAAGGUGAAGGGGAAGGGGGAGUUGAAGGGGAAAGGGAAGGGGAAGGGGGAGGGGAAAGGGGAGGUGAAGGGGAAGGGGAAGGGGGAGGUGAAGGUGAAGCGGAAGGGGGAGGGGAAAGGGGAGGUGAAGGGGGAGAAGAAGGGGAAGGUGAAAGGGGAGGGGAAGGGGGAGGCUAAGGGGAAGGGGAAGGUGAAGGAGAAAGGGAAGGGGGAGGUAAAGGUGAAGGGCAAGAGGAAAAGGGAGGUGAAGAGGAAGGGGGAGGUGAAGGGGAAGGGGAAGGUGAAGGGGAAGAGGAAGGGGGAGGUGAAGGGGGAGAUGAAGGGGGAGAUGAAGGGGAAGGGGAAAGGUAAGGGGAAGGGGGAGGUGAAGGGGAAGGGUAAAGAGGUGGUGAAGGGGAAGGGUAAGAUGAAGAAAAAGGUUAAGGGGGAGAUUAAGGGGAAGCGGAAGGUGAAGGGGAAGGUGAAGGGGAAGGGGAAGGGGAAGGUGAAGGGGAAGGUGAAGGGGAAGGGGAAGGGGAAGGUGAAGGGGAAGGUGAAGGGGAAGGGGAAGGUUAAGGGACCAAAAACGAAGGUGCGUGGUGUUGGGGAUACAGGCAAGCGCGCUGUGAAGAAGAGGAGGAUGAAAAGCAUCAAGGGGCGGCACAAGGGCGAGCGUGUAAGACGCCGGGUGGUGAAGGGUGGUGGAGUGCGGUUGAAGAGGAAACUGGCACACAGAGGGAGAAGACAGCAGCAGAGGGGAGGUCGAAUGGCGCGGCGAUGGCUGCUGGGGGCGGAAGUGAGUGUGGGGCGGUGUGGGGGGGACAGCAGGGAGGAGUGGGAAGCGAUGCCUGUACUGGGGCUGCGGGAAGAGAUGAGCAUGAUCAAGCUCUUGCUCUCUCAUCCGCUCGCCCAGGCUAAAGGCAACGACGAUGUGUGUGAAUGUGGUAGGGCAAGUGGGACAACCAGGAGCAUGGCACACUCGCUGGGGGGCAGUGUGCAGGCAGGGAAUGCACAUGGUGCUGCUGCUGCUUCUGCAGCGGCAGGAGCAGCAGCUGCCGCUACUCAUGCUGCUCCUGUUGUUGUUCCCGGUGGUGGUGGUGCUGCUGCUGCACCUGCUCCUGCUUCUGCUGCUGCUGCUGCUGCUGCUGACGCGGUGCCAGCACCAGAGCAGCUGUCCCAUCCAGCCCCUGCUUAUGAUUCAACAGCAGCAGAAGCGCAGCAACCACCGAAUACCACACACAACCCCUCCACAACCCCAACAUCCCUGCAACCACCAUCUGAACCCCCAUCAGCAGCAGCAGCACGAGCAGCAGCAGCAGCAGCACCAGUGGUGCCGUGUGCCAUGGUGCGGCAGGCAGAGGCUCUCAGGGACCCCUCUCUGGACACGGCUUUGCUGGCAGCAGCAAACGGCAGGUGUCCCUGGUGUGCGCGCCGCUUGCCCUCUCCCCUCACCGCUUUUUCUGCGUCAACCCAGCAGCGCCAGGGCUUGUGGUCCGGCACACAUGGGGAAUCGCCGCUGCUCGCCCUCUGUGGGGAUGCUGCUGUGGUUGCCGCUGGUGCUGGUGGCAAUGGAAGCAGCAGCAGCAGCAGCAGUGCGGGGCAGCGUAUCCUUGCCAGCCUGCAGGGGCCUCUGCCGUCACCGCUGACCGCUGCGCUGCUGGCGGGGGAAGUGAAGUCGCUCCUCCUCGCUGCCUUUGGCUCCCGCCGCCUCACCGGCCCGCUCUCUCUCCCCGGCCUCGCUGCUCCCACCCGCCCCACGCCCCCCGUCCCCACCCCCACAACUUCCCCCGCCGCCUCCCCCUCUCCCUCCCCCACUCCCCCCGCUCCCCCCACCACCAUGAAGCCACCUUCCCCUAGAUCCCAACCCCAACUCGCGCCUGCUGCCACUGGUGCUGCAGCAAAGGUGGCGGAGGAGGUGCAGGGAGAAAAGGUUGUGGGGAGUGGAGGAAUGGAGAAAGCGGCACUGGCGGAGAGUCCUAUGGGGAAGGCAGGGGUUGGUGCAAGUGAUGUGGGGAAGGGUGGGGUGGAUGGGGGGGGGGAUGGUGGGCGGCAGGUAAGGGGUGCGGAUGGGGAUGCGAGAGUGAGGGAGGAGGUGGAGGAGGGGGAGGCUGUGGAGAUGGAGGAAGGGGAGGCGAGGGAGGAGGGGGCCGUGGAGGAGGGUGAAGCAGUGGAGGUUGAGAGGAGGGGGAUGGGAGAAGCGGAGGAGAGCAGGGGCACACGGGAAGUGAGGUGGGAGGGGGUGAAGGGCGGGGGUGGUGAGGAGGGGAGGGUCGGGAGCAAAGGGGUGAAGGAGGAGGGUGAGGCAGGGGUGGUGGGUACAACGGCCGGUGCGAGUGGGGGGGUGGCGGAGGGUAAGGGCGUGGGCGCACGUGGGGAGGAGGAGGAGGGGGAAAGGAUGAAGAGGAGUGGCGCGGGCGGAGGGGUGGAGGCAGAGGGCGGUAAGGAGGUGGAGGGGAGUAAGAAGACGGAAGGGAGAAAGGAGGUGGAGGGUGAUGAGGAGGAGGCAGGGAGCAGAGUGCGGAGUGUGGUGGCGCUGUGUCCGCCAGCAGUGCUGGUGGGGUAUCAGGACGACUGGCUUGCCACCUCGCCCUCGCUGCUCCGCCUCUGGGACAAGGCGCCCUUUGAACCCUACUGCCUGCCUAAACCCCUAUCGGUGCUGGCCAUCUGCCCCGCGCUGCCUGCCCUCGCUCGCCCCCUCCGCCCCUUCCUCUCUGACCUCGCUUCAGUGUACGAAGCAUGUUCCCUGGGCACCUUCUCCCCGCUGCUGCCGCUCUCCCCCGCCCCCGACCACCACCACCCCCCGGGCAUGCUACCAGUGCCGAUGCCCCCUGCCCACCUGCCCCCGGCCCGCGCCGUGGGUGCUUUCAGUGACGCCUUGGCAGCUGCCCUUGCCAAGCUGCCUCGGACUGCCCUCUUCCCCCCCACCAACUCCACCGACCCUGACCUUUGCCCCUCCACGCUGCUCCUGCUGGUGUGCCCCUGGACAUCCCCUGGGGCGUCCCUCUCCCUCUUCCUCCGCACUGCUGCCCACACCCACGCCCUCACGCUCGCUGCUGCCAAAGCAUUACCCACAGCCGCCCAUCCCACUGCUCCGCCCAGUCUCACGCUCUUCCCGCGUCCGCUCACAGUGCAUCUGCUGCCCAUGUCCCACGUGCUCUCCCUCUCACACUCUGCACGCGCCAGCUCCCUUCGUCAGCUCGCCUUCUCGCUCUUCUCCAAAGUCAGACGCUCCCUCCUCCCGCUGCCACACUGCCCUGCUCAAUCUGACGGGGGAAAUGCAGCAGCAGGAGCAGGAGCAGGAGGAGGGGGAGGAGGCGGAGAAGCAGGAGCAGGGGCAGGGGCAAGAGCAGGAGAGGGCGUGGGAGGGAUGGGGGGAAACGAAAAGGUGGUGGAGGGGAGAGGGGGGCGAGACGGCAGCAGUCACGGCGGGACGAGUUCUGGGGUGCCAGCAGGCAGCGGGGCUAGCAUGGGGGGCGUGGGAGGGGGUGUGGUGAGGAGCAGUGGUAGUGGUGGUAGCAGUGGCGGUGGUGAUGGGGGCGGGGAUAGGGAUGUGCUAAGUGAGUUGGCGAGGAGGGGAGGGGGCGCAGGGGCUAUUGGAGUGAGGGGAGGGAUCAUGGAUCGCCUCAGCAGACAGCCCAUGCAGUCGCCCGCUGCUGCAGCAGCACCAGCAGGAUCAGGCAUCCCAGCAGCAGCAGGCGCAGCAGCAGAGGCAGCUCCUGCACACGCAGCAGCAGCAGAAGCAGCAGCAAGAGCAGCAGGGGGUUCUAGUAGUGGUGGUGCUGCACCAGAGGCAGACUGCAAGAGUGCGCCUGGUUCUCAUCCCACGCCUGCACCCGCCCCCUCCUCCGCCCCUCCGUCCCUGGCACCCACCACCCCCUCGCUGCUCCACGAGCCGCCCUUCAUCCUCGCCUCCCCUGGUUCUGCCUCUUCCUCUCUCUCCCUGCCCUGCCCUUCCCGCACCCGUAGUGCUGACGGGGGGGAGCAGAGAGCAGCGAGCAGCGUGCAAGGGCAGGCGGUGGGGAGUUCAGUAGCUCCCAAGGUGGAGCAGCAGGGGAGGAGCGAGUGCAAGGCGGGAUGGCCCAGGGAGAGGGUGAGCGGUCACCCUCCCGUCUCCCCGUCUCUCACUCCUGCUGCUGCUGCUUCUGCUUCUGCUGUGCCCGGGACCACAGCAGUGGGAGGCACGGCGUCGCAGCAAAGUGCAGCAGCAGCGCAAGGCGCAUGGGUGGGUGGGGUGGCAGGAGGGCGUGCACGGGUGACCGGGGCAGCACCGGCGCCCACCAGUGGAGCAGGGGGGGCCACAGGAGGCGCAGCUCCGGGGCACAAGGGACCCCUGGCGCUGCACUGCGUGUACAUGUGGGGGGAUGACUCUGCGCCUGAUGCUCCUUCCGCUCCUGGUGAUUCAGGCACGGCCAGCACUUGUGGCGUGGAUCACCCCUUGGGCCUCCCAAGUGCGACACUGAAGAGAGUGAAGGGGCGUGGAGCGGGCAGCAGGGCAGGGGCGGGGGCAAGGGUGCCGUGGGUGGUGGCGGUGUGGACAGACUCUCGGGGCGAAUUGCUUGAGACCCGCGUGGUGCAUGGCCGGGCACAUGCUGGGGCGGACGGGGAGGCUGGAGAGGCCGCGGAGGGUGGGCAGAGUGAGAAGGGAGGGGAGUCUGGGGAGGGGAUGAGGGGUGGUAGCGGAGGUGUGGGUGAUGGAAGGGGAGAGGGGGAGGGUGGGGAUGGAGGGAGGGAUGUGCAGGGUGUGGCGGAGGGCGGGGUUGGAGGUGGUGGAGAGGGAGGGAGAGAGGCUGAUGGAGUGGGUGGGGGUGGGGAGGGAGGUGACGAGGAGAUGAGGAGAGAUGGGUGUGGCGUGGAGGCGGAGAGAAAGGAUGGGAUGGAAGUGGAUGGUGGGGCGGGCAUGGGGGAAAGUGGUGGUGGGGGGGUGACAGGAGUAGCGGAAGGCACGAGGGCGUGGGUGGGGCGAAUGCAGAGCGUGUUGGAGCAGGUGCUGCAGGUGGGCGUGGAAGUGGUGGCGCUGCUGCAGCACAAGGCACGCCUGCAGGCGGGCACGGAUGCGGACAAGGGGCAAGGGGAGGGGGGGAAGGGGAGGGAGCGUGGUGGGGAGGGAGGGGAGGAGGAUUGGUGGAUGGCCCAGCGGCCGGUGUAUGUGGUGAAGGCGGGCCAGGGGAUGACACGCGCGGAGCUGCAAGCAUGGGAGCAAGCCAUUUCGUCGCUCUCCUCCUCCUCCUUCCGGCCAGUUUUCUCCGCCUCUACCCACGGCUCCACCCACCCACCACCACGCCACCCAACGUCCAGCAGCCGCACAACCCAUGCAGCAGCCGGCAAGGCAACACAGGCACAGGCAGGCAGAAACACCGCACAAGGACGACCAACAGCAACUGCUGGAAGGGCAGAGGGGAGGAAGGAGGGCUCUCUGGUUGCACAACCAACCCCAGCCCAGCCCAUGCCUGUGCGCCCACCCUCACAGCCCGCCUCUGCGUCCCUCCCCCCCCACGCGCCGGGGCACGAGGGAGAGCAGGUGCAGGGCCGGGCGUCUCAAAAAGCUGGGAGCAGCACUCCUGCUGUCGCCCACGCUCCAGCUGCCUCUAACCCCCUUUCCCACGCCGCUGCCCUUGCAGCCGAACCCUCCCCUCACCUGUCCGGCCAGGGAGCAGACGAGCAGGAGAAGGGACCGGAGAGCCAUGGGGUGGCUGUGGGGGGUGAGGGGGCGGGUGUAGCAGAGGGGUCGCGGGAAGGGAGUGCGCGGGUGGAGGGACACCCUGGGGUUGGGACGGUGAGAGAGAGAGUGCCGGGUGUGUGGCAGGGCAUUGCAAGCGUGACCGUUGCAUGGCUGCAUGUGGUGCCACAGCUGCAACUCAUGUCAAUACCACCGCCACCCCCAUCCCCCACUCCCUCUCCUGCCCCUGCACCUGUUCCCUCUGUCCUUACCCCUUCCUUCCCUUCGCCCGCUCUCGUUCCCGCUGCCUCCCCUAUUCUCUCCCCCAUGCAACCACACCCAUCCCGCCCCACUCCAUUCCCGUCCCCACUAGCCACGCGCCACACUGCCACCACCCCCACCACACUCCCCCUUUCAGAACCAUUCUCCCCUCCCCUUGCACCCCUGCCCCCAUCCUCCCGAGCCACUUCCUCCCCCAUCCCCCUCCAUCCCCCUCCUCUCCCCCACUCGCCCUUCCCCCACGCACCCUUCCCCCCCCGCAUCCCCCAUGAGCGCACACACCCCCUGCACCCGCCACUGCCCUCACCGCCCCUGCAUGGCGCAAUCGCAAUCCCACCCCGGGGUCCCUUGCAGACUCCCCAGCAGCACGGGGCAGGAUCUACUCUGCUGCUCGUGCCCCAUGCUCCAUGGAUCGACCUCUCCACCCCUGCACACUCCCCCUGCAACCCUCCGUACUUCCCUCCCACUCCUCUGCACCGCUUGCGCCCCCCCAAGCGUGUGCGCCCUGCUCUGGGCCGGCUCCAGAAACCCAAGCGGAAGAAGCAGCGUGUGCCGUUGCUGUUACCCCCCCCACCUCCUCCCCCUUCCCCCUGCGCCCCGCUCCCCCUACCCCUGCGCCCGCUUGUGGUGGCUCAAGUAACACGAGCGCUGCUGUUGCGACUGAGGCGGCAGCAGGAAGAGGGGAUGAGGAAGGGGAAGCGGGGUAAGUUGAUAGGAGGGGUUAAGGGAAGGACGAAAGGUGGAGUGGUAGCAGUGGGUGUGAGAGGGAGGAAAGGCAGCAGGGGUGAAGGAAGCAAGAGUGAAAGGAUCAAGGACAAAACAAGCAAGGGGAAAGCAGGUGAAGAGAUUAAGACCAAAUUAGGCAAGAGGAAAAGGGUUGUUGGGAGCAAGGGUGAAAGGAGUAAGGGAAAAAAAAGCAAGGGGAAAUCAGGUGAAGGGAUCAAGGCCAAAUUAAGCAAGAGGAAACGGGUUAUAGGGAGCAAGGGUGAAGGGGGCAACGAUAAAGGGAACAAGGGUAAAACGAUUAAGGACAAAGAGGGCAAGGGAGAAGGGGGUGAAGGGAGUAAGGGCAACGAGAGUAAGGGUAAACGGAGCACGAUCAAAAGUGGUGGAGUCAAGGCGAGAGGAGAGAAGGUGGUGAAGCAGAACAUGCGAAAUCAGGCGACGGGGAAGGAGGCGAAGGGGACGGGGGAAAAGGGGAAGAAGGCGAAGGGGACGGGGGAAAAGGGGAAGGAGGCGAAGGGGACGGGGGAAAAGGGGAAGGAGGCGAAGGGGACGGGGGAAAGGGGGAAGGAGGCGAAGGGGACAGGGGAAAAGGGGAAGGAGGCGAAGGGGACGGGGGAAAAGGGGAAGGAGGCGAAGGGGAAGUGGAAGAAGAAGGAGGGUAAGAAAGAAGAGGGGAAGCAGACGAAGGGGAAGAAGAAGAAGGUGAAGGUGAAGAAGGGUAAGGAGAAGGGGACGAGGGAGGGUAAGGAGAAGAAAGGGAAGGAGAACAAGGGGACGAAGGAGGGGAAGGAGAAUACGGGGAAGGAGAAGAAGUCAGAGGGGAGGUUGAAGAAAGUGAAUGUGCAUGGAGUGGAAGAGGGAGUUAAGGGCGUAAAAGGGCAGGGGAAGGUCAAGGAGCUGGGUACAGGGAAGCUGAAGGGUGGGACGAUGAUGAUGAAGAAGAAGAGUGUGACAAUCGGGAAGAAAACAGGUGGUUCCAGUAAGACCAAGACAGGUGCUGCUAGUGCAAAGAAAGCAGGUACGGAGACAGGUAUUGCCAGAGGGAAGAAAACAAGUAAGAAGAUAGGUAUUGAUAGUGGGAAGAAGAAGGCAAGCCGUGCUGGUAAGAAGGUGGGCGGGAAAAGCAGUGGCAGCAAUGAGCGGAAGUCAGUGCGACGAAAGAUAAAGCUGGGCAAGGCCCGGAAGGCAGGGAGAUGGGGUGUCACAGCAUCAAAAGUGCAGAAGGUGGCAGGCAGGCAGGCAGGCAGGGCGAGAGGCCAUGGCAAGAAGGGGCGGAAAGAGGCAAGGAAGGAAUGGAGGCAAGUGUGGCGGGAAAAGAUGCGCGAGGUGGGGCGUGUGGUGCGAGAGCUGACUGGUGGGGAGGACGAUGGGCACGAGGGCGUGCGUGGUGUGGCCACAGCAGUGAUUCUCAGCACGGCGACACACCGAGGGUGUGCCGGAGGGGAGGGGGGGACGGCAGCAGGGGCAAGCGGUGCAGCAGCGGCAUGGCUGGGGCUGGAGGGGCUAUCGGUGGGAGCAGCACAGGAGGCGUUUCGGCUAGGCUUGCCCUGGCAGGGUGCGUACCAGCCUGCUGUGACUAAUAGUGGAUUCGUCUCCCGCUCUUCUUUCUCUGGUGGCAGUGGCGGUGGGGGCUUGGGUGCGCGGCUGGGGUCACAUGGAGCAGCACAUGCAAAUAUCACAGCUGCGAGCAGUGCAGCUGUUGCUUCCUAUCCCUUUCCUGCCCCAGCAGCAUCAGCAGCGACAGCAGUAGCAGCAGUGGGAGGUGGUGGUGUAAUGGCAGGAGGGAUCGGGUGUGGUGCUGGGGGAGGGGUGGUGGCUGUUACUGUUGCGGCUCACUUCAUCGCAGGGAUUGCUGUUGCUGACGCACGACAGAAGGUCGGGGAAGCGGAAGGCAAGCAGGAGGGACGGAACGGCUCGAUUCAGGACAGGAGAGGCAAGCGUGCGGUGGGUAGAGGUGCUGAUGAGCGACAGAGGGCGGGUGGUGGAGUGACAGACAGUGUGAGGAAAGAGGGCGAGGGGCGGGAAGAUGUGGGAGUGGGAGUGAAGCGAGGGAGGGAAGAGGAGGGCAGUGGGGCAGCAGGGGCGGAGCAGGGGGGAGAGGAGGGGAUUGCUGGGGGUAUCAGAAAGCGGCAGCGGGUGGAGGCACCAGGUGUAGCGGCAGGGGCCGGUGGUGGGGGAGGUGGGGCGAAGGAGAUUAAGGUUGGGAUGAAGGAGGGCAAGGGUGGGGAGGGUAGUGUGGAUGGCAGGAGGGGGGAGGGUGUGGAGUGCAAGGGUGUGGAGAUGGGUUCGCGGGUACAAGGCAGUGGUGAUGGCAGGGCGAGUGCAGAGCACAGAGAGGCAGCUCCAGGGACGUCUCCAAAGGCGAGUGGUGCACAGAGAGAGGCCCAGACUGGGGAUGGCGGGGAGACAAGAGGGCAGGCACGACACAGGAAUGACAGGGACAUGGGCAGCGAGGGAGGACGGGAGGGAGAGGAGCAGGGGAAACAGAAGAGUGUCGCAGGCAGCAAAGGGGGUGAGAAAAAGGAUGGUGAAGUGGGUGAGAGUGAGUGGUGGGAGGCGGCAGCAGAUGCGGAGGUAAGGCGCGUGGCACAGCAGCUGGGAGCAGAGCUGCAUGCGCUCUCCUGGCUCUCCGUGUCCCCUGCCAGCCCCUCCCCGCUCUCCCACCUCCCCUUCCACUUCCUUGUGGCCACCCGCCUGCUGCUGCUGCUGCAGCACGUGCCGUGCGCUGCACCUGCGUAUGUACCAAGCGGGGCGAUGGGUGGUCUUGGUGAGGAGGAGGUGGGUGUGGGUGUGGGAGGAGGGGGAGAGGGUGGUGGUGCAGCGCGUGGAGGGGAGCAGGUUGAGCAGGCAGCAAACGUGCGAGCGCACAGUCAAGGCACAUGCUUCUGA